GUGUGGAGAUACUGGGUCCCCAGGCUUGGGCGGUGGUCCGCACCCGUGGGCUACUGCGCUCUGGGGGAACGGAGCAGACUACCCCACCCAGCCUGAACAGAGCCAAGUGGCUGAGGAAAGGUCUAGGGGGGUGGCUGGCCAAAAGGGUGGGAGCGACCGAACAGGUGCGAGAGAACCAUGCGAAACUUGAGGUCCGGUUACUGGAGCCCAUGACGGCCGAAAAAGCUUCAGCACGUCCGGGGUCCCAAAAAGUUCAAAGUCCACCAAGAUGGCAACCCUCAAGGACCAGCUGAUUGUGAAUCUACUUAAGGAAGAACAAGCCCCCCAGAACAAGAUUACGGUUGUUGGGGUUGGUGCUGUUGGCAUGGCUUGUGCCAUCAGUAUCCUAAUGAAGGACUUGGCCGAUGAGCUUGCCCUUGUUGAUGUCAUGGAAGACAAGCUGAAGGGAGAGAUGAUGGAUCUCCAGCACGGCAGCCUUUUCCUCAGAACACCAAAAAUUGUCUCUGGCAAAGACUACAGUGUGACUGCGAACUCCAAGCUGGUCAUUAUCACAGCGGGGGCCCGUCAGCAAGAGGGAGAGAGCCGACUCAAUCUGGUCCAGCGAAAUGUGAACAUCUUCAAGUUCAUCAUUCCCAAUGUUGUGAAGUAUAGUCCAAACUGCAAACUGCUUAUUGUUUCAAACCCAGUGGAUAUCUUGACCUACGUGGCCUGGAAGAUAAGUGGCUUCCCCAAAAACCGAGUUAUUGGGAGUGGUUGCAAUCUGGAUUCAGCUCGGUUCCGUUACCUGAUGGGAGAAAGGCUGGGCAUUCACCCGCUAAGCUGUCAUGGAUGGGUCCUAGGGGAGCAUGGAGACUCCAGUGUACCUGUGUGGAGUGGUGUGAAUGUUGCUGGAGUCUCCCUAAAGAAUCUGAACCCAGAACUGGGCUCCGAUGUAGACAAGGAGCAGUGGAAGGAGGUUCACAAGCAGGUGGUUGACAGCGCCUAUGAGGUGAUUAAACUCAAAGGGUACACCUCCUGGGCCAUUGGCCUCUCCGUGGCCGACCUGGCUGAGAGCAUGAUGAAGAAUCUUAGGCGGGUGCAUCCCAUUUCUACCAUGAUUAAGGGUCUCUAUGGGAUCAAGGAUGAUGUCUUCCUCAGUGUCCCUUGUGUCCUGGGACAAAAUGGAAUUUCAGAUGUUGUGAAGGUGACUCUGACUCCUGAAGAGGAGGCCCGCUUGAAGAAGAGUGCAGAUACGCUCUGGGGCAUCCAGAAAGAGCUGCAGUUCUAAAAUCCUCAGAUGUCCUAGAGCUUCACUGUCCAGGCUGCAGCAGGGUUUCUAUGGAGACCACACUGUCUCCUCUGAGCUGUGCUUAGUGGUGUUGUGUUAAGGUGGCGGUUCCCACAGCUCCACCCUGAUGCUAAGUGGUACUUGUGUAGUGGUAACCUGGUUGAUGUGAUAGUUGAGACACACUGCCAAUUGUGUGCAGGCUUCAGUUACCUUGGGAGCCUGCCGUGUCUGCUGUGCACCCUCACCAAACAUGCCUAGGCCAGUGAGUUCCCAGUUAGUCAUAACGUGGCUCCAGUGGGUAAAUCCAUUAUGCAUAUUUGUGCAUAACUGUUCUAAAGGAUAUUAUUUUGUGUAUUAUGUGUCUGUAGUGUACAUUGAAAUAUUAUGUAAAAAGUAAGAUCUGCAUAUGGAUGAUGCAACCAACUACCCAAGUGUCAUGCCAAUGAAAACACCAAAUAAACCUUGAACAGUGAUUA